AUGUCGGCCAAGACGAGCCGCGAGUGCCGGGUGCUGGCGUCGGCCAAGGCGCUCGGACUCUCGGUCGGCGACGGCGUCUCGGCGGCCGACGCACUUCGCAGCCACAACGCGCCAAAGGACGAGGUCUUUGACAAGACUCUCUACUCGACGACGCGCAUUUUUCUGCGGCAAAUCGCCCGCCACAAGGCGCUGCCCAAGCACGCGCGCGGGAAAAAGGCCAACUCCGCGCCCGUCGCCUCGCUCAAGUGCAUUCUCCUCGCCGACAACAACCGGCACCGCCGCGACGCCUUGGCGCUCCAGCUCGACGGCGCCUUCAAGGUCCUCUUAGCGAGCUCGGUCCGGGACGUGCUCCAGGUCGUGCAGAUGUUUACGGUGCACCUCGUCUUUGUACGUGCGGCCAUCGGACGCGACUCGGCGGCGACCAUGUUGGACGCACUUCGGCACAAGGGCGUCGCGAUCCCCGUCGUCGUCGGCACGUCCCGCUUUCUCGACGAAGACAACCCGGACAUGCUUCGGGCGUGCCUGGAGCGCGGCGCCCUUGGCCAUUUGGACGACAGUGUGCUGACGUCGCUCCAGCUGCGCGAUCGGCUUCUCGAGCUCAUCGAGGCGUUGGGCGCCGUCGACAAGGAAUGCCAAACGUUCAAGAACGUCGAGUCCAAAGUGGCGCGUCGUCGCUCGACGCUGGCGCUUAAGUCGGGCGCGUCAACGUCCGUGCUCUCGUCGAUCAUGCAGCGCCGGGGCAGUACGCUGGUGACAGCGGCGUCGUCUGCGAACCUCCGUCGGCCCAGCGAUUCCAAGCUCGAAGAGGUCGAUACCAAAAUCUUCGAUCGCCAAAUGCUCAUGCAGAAGCGCGCGCAAGUCGCAUCCGCACUGCAAGUCGACCACUCGGCGCUGGGGCUCACGGCGACGCCGGCUCCGUCGCCACUGCCGGUGGAUUUGCAACGGACGCCGGUGCCCAAGCCGACGCGCAACGACAUCAACAAGAACGUGUACACGCACCCGCACAAAGUGGCGGCCGUCGUGCAGGCGUUCGACUACGACCGGCGGACGCGCCCCGAAAAGUCGGUCGCAUGCCAAGAGCCACUGCUGGAGCACUGCCUGGCGCUGGACCCAAAGACGCUGGGCGCAGCCGCCGAGAGCCGACUCAACAAAGCCUACCUCUUCUACGCGCAGGGUCGACUGGACAUGACGAUCCAUUGGUGCUCCAAUGCACUCGCAACCGAACCGUUCAAUCUCCCGAAAUGGGUGCACCUGCUGCGCGGGGCUGCGCACGACAAGCUUGGCGACCACGCGCUCGCACUGCACGACUUUACCGCCGCCGUCGCCAUCGACGCCAAAUGCCACGAGGCCCACUUCAAUGCGAGCGUCGCCUUGCUCAAGCUCGGACGUGACAAGGACGCGCUCGCGGCCAUCGAGCGUGCGCAGGCGAGCGCCGAGGGCAGUUGCCCCAGCUACAUGCGCAACUACGCGCUGAUUCUUCGACGUCUCGGCCGGUUCGACGACGCCCGCGUCGCGUACGCGCAACUGGACCCGUCCCAGAGCGACGACGACAUCGAUGCGUCCCUUGACGGCCUUCUCGAGUCCCUUGGGCUCCGCGGCGGGCUCCUCGAUGCGCUUUUCUGCCAGUCCAAGGUCGACAAGGCGGGGUUCUUUGCCAAAUCCGGCGAGCGCUCGGACGAGAUGCUCGAUGCGAUGGCCGCCGUCCUCCGCAGCUUUGACUUUUUUGUGCGGAUGCCCGACGACGUCGUCCGCCGCGUGUGCCAAGCCGGCAACUUUACCGUCAUCCGGUGCGGUGACGCGUUCGAACUCGCGGCCGCCAUGCCGACUGCCUUCUACGUCUGCGUCAGCGGCACGCUCAGCGUCCACGCCAACCUCAAGCUCAGCGCCCACGAAGCCGUCGCGACCGCGAGCACCUUGCGGCUGCACGCCGGCGCCAUUUUCGGCUGCGUCGGCUACAGCGUCUCGAACCUCAUGAUGUACCUUGCGGACGAGCGCACCGAGGUGCUCUACUUGGCGCCAAAGAUCUUCAAAGCGACGCUCGAGCCGCAGUGGAUCCUCGAACAGCACGCUCGCUUCGCCACCUUCCGCCGGUCGCCCGUCUUUCGCAGUCUCUCGGACUCGGAGCUCGGGCACAUCGUGUCGCACUCGAUCCUCGCCCGGUUCACCAAAGGGUCGGUCAUCAUCGCGCAGGGCAGCGUGCCCAAGCACCUCUACCUCCUCUACAAAGGCAUCUGCCGCUUCCAACAAACCUUCGCCGACGGAACCAACGACACCUCUGAGAGCGCGCCACCGACAACGGCACUCGCACCACCGGUGGCUCCGUUCCACCACUUGCUAGCGGACGCAAGCUGGCCACUGGGCUACACGCGUCCAGCCCCGACGCUGGCGCAGGCAACGUCCAUGCCGCAGCUCGACGUGCGCCGGUCCUUGUCGCGAGCGAAACGCGCAACCAACGGCGGCGCGCUCCCGGCCAUCACGUACGAGUUGUACCCACCCGCGCUCUUUGGCGAGACGGCUUACUUGGAGGCUUCUCAAAAAGCCAAAUGCUCGAUCAUUGCCAACACACUGGUGGAGGUUCUCGCCGUCGAUGUGCAUCAGCUCAAGUCGCUCUCGACGGCCAAGGACCUCUUGAUGGCGAUCGCUCGGUACGCACCCAUGUACGUCGACGCUGCCCGCGCCGAGAAGCUCCAAGCCGACCACGACGCAUGGACCGAGGUCCGGGGCAAAGAAGCUCUGUUGCUCAACAAGGCGCGCUGGCCCAUUCAAAAGAGUCGACUGCGCUUCCUGCCCAACGGCAGCUCUCUCGUCUUGCCCGACGAGUGCAUCGUCACUAGCCCCAAGCGCUAAUCAAGUCUCAAGUGGUAGGAAGGACAUGGCUCGUGAAAUGCAACAUGGCGCAUUAAUGUACAUUGUAUAUUCGAA